AUGGAGUGCUUCUUUGUAUUCUCACUCGACUUCUUUGCAUCAAGAAUAGUAGCUAUAAAUGGGAAGCUAAUUUGCUUAGAAUGUUUUUCCACUUUGAUCGGCCCUCCUAAUCAGGCACCAACCGUCUUCUUUUGUUCUGGCAUGAUGGCGCCCAUUUUUUCUUGGUACUUUCUUCUCCUGAUAGCCUUUACUCAGCUAUUCUCUUACAGUGCUAAUGGCUAUCAUUACGUGCACUAUCACCACGAUGACCAUUUUCCCCAUCAGCAUGUCCACCUUCAUCAUGGCGUCAGCAGGUCUUACCAACUGGAAGUGAAGUUCGACAAUUUCGGACGAUCAUACGUGGAAUGGGAAGGUGACAAAUACCUUUCCGACUCACGUCGCACUAUCUUUGUGGAUAAGGGCCACUGUCGAACUACCUUCCAUCUUUCGGAACCAACCAACCGUGAACGUGCGAUGAGGCAAUGCUUCUACCGACAAGCUGUGGAGUGA